UUACUUCCAGCCUCUCUGUAGAUGAGUUAAAGUUGCCUGCAACUUUACGCGGAAACAAGAGGCCGACAGAAAUCAUGUUUGGAAGUGCUGGGGAGGUACUGUAAGGGGAGAUCAAGCGGGAGCACAGGUCGGAAAGAGGCUGCUUUUUUUUUCGGGAUAAACAAAGAGGUGUUUGGGGAUGGGAAUGUGAAAUAGGUUGGGUGGGGCAUUGGUUGUUGUGCGGCUAUUCAGGAACGGGUUGAACUGGUUUCCGACCAAACUACUUGGUUCUCCCCUUACUCAGUCAUUUGUGGCAGCAGAUAGGAAAGGUGGAUGAAGUGAACCAGAUAAAGAAGCUGUGAAAAGAAGGAGAAACAUUUUUUUGCCCAGGAAGGAAUUUCAACAUGCCUGAGGGUGGAGAAUAUUAUGGAAAGAACGGUGAGCCCAGGAAGCAUGACCCGAGCUUCAGGGGCCCAAUCCAGAACAGGGGCUGCACAGACAUUGUUUGCUGCAUUCUGUUCAUUAUUGCCAUACUUGGUUACAUUGCAGUAGGAAUACUCGCCUGGUCCCAGGGUGACCCAAGAAAGGUGAUCUACCCCACAGACAGCCGAGGACAGUUCUGUGGGCAGGCUGGCACUCCACUCGAGAAGAAGCCCUUUUUGUUCUACUUCAACAUCAUGAAGUGUGCCAGUCCCAUGGUGCUGCUGGAGUUCCAGUGCCCAACCACACAGAUGUGUGUGGAGAAGUGCCCUGAUAAGUUCAUGACAUUAAUCAAAGCAUACGCUGUCAAUAGUGACUUUGCUUACUAUAAAAACUUCUGCGAAGAAGGAGUGACCAACACAAUGGGUGUUGCAGAAAUCCUUAAGCAACGUCUCUGUCCUGCAAUGCUGCUUCCCAGCAAACCCUUCACCCGCAGGUGCUUCCCAGCUUUGGGCAUGAAAGGAGGGGUGAUAACUGUGGGAAACAGCUCCACAUUUAAUGAUGGAAAUGAAAUUAGAAACGCCCAAGACCUUGUUGCUGGUGUACAGAAUGCCACUGUGGUAAUGGAAGCUCGUCAGGUGGUGAUGAAAAUCUUUGAGGAUUUCACACAUUGCUGGUACUGGAUCCUCUUGGGAUUGGUUAUAGCCAUGAUCAUCAGCCUCGUCUUCCUCAUCCUCCUCCGCUUCCUGGCAGGGAUCAUGGUCUGGGUCAUGAUUGCCAUGUUGGUAGCGGUGAUAGGCUAUGGUAUCUUCCAUUGCUACAUGGAGUAUGCAGCCCUGAAAGGAGAGGCCGGCGCUAAUGUGACUAUCAAGGAUCUGGGCUUCCAGACAGAUUUCACAGUCUACCUGCAAAUUAGACAGACCUGGCUGGCCUUCAUUAUUAUUCUAGCCAUUGUGGAGGUCAUCAUCAUUUUGCUGCUCAUCUUCCUUUGGAAGAGGAUCCUCAUUGCCAUUGCUCUUAUUAAAGAAGCCAGCAGAGCAAUUGGACAUAUGUUGUGUUCCCUUUUCUACCCACUGUUUACAUUCCUCCUCCUGGCUGUGGUCAUUGCCUACUGGGGAGUAACUGCUGUUUUCUUGUCCACGUCCAAUCAACCGAUCUACAAAAUCUUCAAUGAGACAAAUUGUGACUACUCGAGACAAACGUGUGACCCAGCUAACUACUCGACGAGUCCCAUGAAAGCCCAGUGUGCUGACUCGAAGUGCCUUUUUGCUUUCUACGGUGGAGAGACCCCUUACCACAAAUACCUAAUUGCCCUGCAGUUCUACAACGUCUUCCUCUUCUUUUGGUGUGCCAAUUUUGUCUUGGGACUGGGACAGAUGACCCUAGCCGGGGCGUUUGCUUCUUACUACUGGGCUGCCAAAAAGCCAGAUGACAUUCCUGCUUUCCCAGUGUUUUCUUCUUUUGGGAGAUCUCUCAGGUAUCACACAGGGACUCUGGCAUUUGGCUCCCUUAUCCUCUCCAUCAUCCAGAUCAUCAGGGUUUUGCUGGAGUAUCUGGACCACAAGCUAAAAGGAGCCCAAAAUAAGUUUGCAAAGUUCCUGUUGUGCUGUCUGAAGUGCUGUUUCUGGUGUCUGGAGAAGUUUGUCAAGUUCCUGAACAGAAAUGCGUAUAUUAUGUCGGCGAUCUAUGGGAAAAACUUUUGCACCUCUGCCAGAGACGCCUUCUUCCUCCUCAUGAGGAAUGUGAUCAGGGUGGCUGUGCUGGAUAAAGUGACAGAUUUCAUUUUAUUUUUGGGCAAACUGCUCAUUGUUGGGCUUCUGGGGGUCUUUUCCUUCUUCUUCUUCUCUGGGAGAGUGAAAGCCUUUCAGAAUACAGCUCCAACCCUGAACUACUACUGGGUACCCAUCCUGACUAUGGUGGUUUGCUCAUACCUCAUCGCCCAUGCAUUCUUCAGCGUGUACUCCAUGUGCGUGGACACUCUGUUCCUGUGUUUCUGUGAAGACCUGGAGCGCAAUGACGGCUCAGCUGCGAGGCCUUAUUACAUGUCGCCAAGUCUUCGUGAGAUUCUGUGGAAGAACAAGGAGGAGGAUCCAUCUGAGCCCUCCGCUCAGCAGCAGCAGCAACACGAUGAAGACACCCAGCUGAAACAGGAGGCUCAGGAGGAGGACACGGCUUAGAGAGGAGUUUGUGGGGGGAAAAACUCAGAUUUUCCACUUAAUUACAGGCAGAGCAAAAUCCAGAAAGUCUUUUUAUUUUGAACCCUUUCAAAGUAUGAGCUGGGACUCUGUCAUCUGCUCCCUUAACUUCUCUCAGAUACUAGUACAGCUACAAAACACCACGCCUUAAAAUGGCAGGGAUUCAGCAUUUUGCUUUAGUCCACUUUGUGCAGAUGCAACCCUGCAAGUUUCAAAAUGAAUGAAGGAAGUUAUUCAGUUGAGAGUGAUUUCAGCAUCCUCCUGAGGUAAUAGGACGUUGAACGUUCCCUAAAUGGAUUAUCAAGGCUUCGUUUAGUUUGCCUCUGGUGGUCUUUAAAAACUGUUACAUCCGACACUAAGUAGCGUUUUAUACAGCAGCGGAUACCACAUUGUCUGCAGUAGAAUUUCACAAACUCACAGCAAAUACUGUCGAAUACUAUUUGUUAUGUUUAGAAAACACAUUUAAGAGUAAAGCACGUGGCUUCAUUUUUUCAGUGGUUCUUUUACUCGCAAGGCAUCACCACAGCGAUCCAAUCUGCAUAUUUGAUCUUGUGGAUUUUGACACUGGAUGCCCUUCCUGAUGUAACCCUGCUAGGAAUUUGUCUCCUCCCCAACUGGUGAUCUUUUGCUUGUUAGGCAAAUAUUUUAACCAAAAGUAAAGUAGACUGCCUAAAAGUAAGCCUAAAGCAUGGAUUGUUGCUAGGAAAUAAUGGUAAUAAUAAAUCGAACAAACAAACACAAAAACAAACAAAAUCACACUACUGUAGUACAGUGUAGGACAAGAAAACUCUGGUUACAGCUGGUAACCAAACCCUGUAGAAGCUAUAAUCAGAGUUUUUUAAACAAACUACUUUCUUAUGUAAUAGGGUAGUUUAAUAGAGUUGCAUUUGUGUCUUAAACCUGCUUUUAUCCUAGCGGCAAGUAGGGGGCAGCGACUCAAGUUAUAUGGAAGUCUGUGGGAAAACAAGCCUACUACUUACUAUAUUUAUGACCUCAGUAAAUGCAAUCCUCAAACUGAUGAUGUCAUCAGUGGCUAGUGUGAUAUCAUGAUGAGUACAGAAAAAUGAUUAAACGACUAAUUAUGGUCCAAGUUACUCUAACAGACUUGAAGAGAUCCACCCUCACACUUCAUAUCUUGUUAAAAAAAACAAACAAACAAACAUUAUACGAUGGGAAGGGCCAAAAGUUGGGGUUCCAAAAACCAAAAGGUGAUGUCAUAGUGGCCAUGCUCGUGUUUUAUAUACAGUUUGUGAUUGUUUCUAAAAUAAUUCAAAUAAAUCAGCACAACAGACAUUAUUCGUCACUAUGGAGGUGGGGCUUAGCGAAGGGUCAACUUCAGCAAACAGAAGGGCUUUACAGCAGGCAGGAGUUUGGUAUGUGUUUAAUUGUUGUAUGAAUUUUGUGAUACGAGUGAUGUCACCUCACACUCAGAGAUUUAUUGACACUCGCUUCAUCCUGUUUAGCGUGCUGAAAGCUGGCAGAUGUUUUAUGGCUAUUGAAAAUGUGAAACUUCAGUGAACAUCUGGGUAAAUGGCUCCCUAUGAGGUGACUUCAUAUUUCUAACUCGGCGUUGCCUCCAUAAAACAUGCUCGCACUGCCACUAGCUAAUAGAAACUUGAAGCCAAUCAUGUGCCUAAUUGACAGCAUUAUUAAUGUUUUGCACAUUAGUGUUUACAGUUGAUGCAAACAGAAUCUUUUUUUAAUACACUCAGUGAAGCACUUUAAUCUAUGUUCACUGUAAGCCAUAACACAUUUGUCUCUGUUUAAUGAAUGCUGGUGAGUCUUUUAGUCAUGCAAUUUUGUUUUGUUUUUUUUAAACUGUAAAUUAGCGUAGCUUUGCCU